AUGCCGCCAAAAAAGGUGCUGCUGAGCACGCGGGAACGUGCCUUAUUCUCACGGCUAAUUCAGGAGUAUGAGAACCGAAAGUAUAAGCAAGCCCUCAAGACGGCAGAUGCUAUUCUUGAAAAGGUGCCUACUCAUGGAGAGACUGUAGCGAUCAAGGGGUUGGUUUUGUUCUCGAUUCAUCAGCGUGACGAGGGACUAGCACUCGCGAAGCUUGGUGUUCGAUACGACCUCACGAGCUUUAUUUGCUGGCAUGCACUUGGCAUUGUGUAUCGGAUGGACCGGAACUACCAAGAAUCGCUGAAGUGCUACGCACAGGCGCUGCGUAUUGAAGGUGGGAAUCUGAACUUGAUCCGUGAAUCAGGAUUCAUGCAGCUGCAGAUGCGCAACUACCAGCCUUUUAUUGAUGCACGCCUUGUGAUUCUUCGUACUCAACCACACUUGCGGCCGAACUGGGUUGCGCUUGCACUCGCCCACGACUUGGCUGACAACAAGGUGCAGGCCGUGCGCGUAUUGGCCGGAUUCGAGGACGUGUAUCGCGAUAUUCCCAAGCACAACUAUGAGUACUCAGAGGUGGUUCUAUACCAUGCGAGUCUACUUGAACAAAUGGGUGAUGCCGAGGGCGUGCUGAAAUUGCUAAACGCACAAAGAGACCACAUCGUCGACGAGCCAAGCGCAUGCGUCCUGCGUGUCCAAGCAUUGAAAAGCCUUGGAAGAAAGCAAGAAGCUACAGACGUCUGUGACUCGCUGCUUCAGUGGAAUGCGGAGAACAAGGAAUGGAUCUCAAUGUACCUUGACGUUGCAUGUCCGGUUAAGGACAGUGACGAGUCGCGUCUAGCCAUCUUACUGCAACUGAAGGCCCUGUUUCCGAAAUCUGCAGCCAUCCGCCGCAUGAUAUUGCAUCUCGCGCAGGGCAGCGAGUUUGAAACACAUGCGCGUGAGUACUUGGAGCAUGCACUUGUCAAGAAUGUGCCAUCUUUGUUCCUCGACGUCAAAUCCCUUUACAAGCAGCAGGGAAAGCAGGACGUCGUUGAGGCGCUCGUGGAAGAAUACCGCAUGCUUUGGGAUCCGCACAACCCUGCUUCGGCGCACGAGCCGCCGUCGUCGUACCUUUACGCGAUGUACUUCCUUGCUCACCACUAUUCAUACACGGGUCGGACGUCUCGUGCACUACACUAUAUUGACGCAAUUAUCGAGCACACGCCGAGCAUGCCGGAGCUUCACAUGACGCGCGCGCGCGUUUUGAAACGGGCAGGUGCGUACGAGGCAGCGGCAGAUGCUAUGGAAGAUGCUCGUCUGUUGGAUGGGCAAGACCGUUAUCUCAACACCAAAGCUGCCAAGUAUCUAUUGCGUGUCAACAAAAUCGCACAAGCUGCUCAAAAACUCAAGCUAUUUACGCGGCCAGAUGUGCCAGAACCGCUGGCCGAUCUGGUUGACAUGCAGGCACUGAGCCACCUAGUUGAAGACGCUGAAGCUCAUGAGCGUUGUGGUGAGAAUGCGAUGGCUCUCAAGCGUUUCCACCAAAUGCAUAAGAUCGUCCAGGAUAUUUACGAUGAUCAGCUGGACUUUCACUCCUACUGCAUGCGAAAGAUGACUCUGCGCGCCUAUGUGCGUACACUGCGAUUCGAGGAUUGCGUGUUCAGGCAUCCUGCUUACAUUCGGGCGGCGAAUGAUGCCGCAAUGCUCUAUGCGAAACUGCACGAUGAGCCACAACUGCGUGAGGCUGCGGAACAGAAGAAAGGCGAUGAAACGAAAAAGCCUGCUGCUUUGAAUGAGUCCAUCGAUGAACUAAUGGCGCCCCCUGAUCCGGACCCGCAUGGUAUCGCACUUGCAUCGACGACAACUCCACUCAAAGACGCACACAUGUUUGUCACAAAGCUCCAAACAUAUGCACCGAAUGAUCAGCGCACGUGGCUCACGACGUUCGAAAUCGCUCUUCGUGAGCGCAGCUGGCUCUUGGCUCUUCGUGCAUUGUCUCUUGCAUUCCGACUGGACCCAUCAGAUCCACGUCUGGCCCGGCAGUUUGCGCACUUCCGUCAAGCGAUACAGAGCGUGGAUCGUCUCCCAGACAUGGUGCAGAAAGUGCUGAAUGGACUCAAGGAAGAAGUGCCGCCGCUCAGCAUACCACUCGAGCACAUGUACACAGAAUAUGUCCAACAUUACGGGAAUAAUUCAGCACUACAUGCCCUUGGAUCUGCAGAGCUCUUGUAUGUGCUGAAAGGUUCUGCAGAGGCGACAGAUGUGGUCGAGCUCGUAUUUGCCCUUUUCAAGCGUGAUGACACGUCAUUGUUCGUUCUGCAAGCGGCGUCUGAAUUUCUCCGACGCAUUGAAGCAGAGACGAAAAACUCGCUUCCUCCUGCCAUGUCGCGCGCCUCCUUUCUGUCGCGUGCUCGCGAGCAGUGGCCACACGCCGAUGCAUUCUGCCCUGAUGAACACAAGCAGCAGCUUGCCAAGACCCGCUAUGAAUCACGCCGUACAUGGCUCCCUGAGGGCGUGUAG